AAAAUCAAAAUGACUUUUUGAGCGAGCUGUCAAGACGUUUUACUUUGUUGAGAGAAUGUAGAAACAUUGAUUUUACACGUUUUAGUGUUGUUUUUCUGAGAUUAUUUACUUUGUUUAUGAAGAUUUGAGCUGGUGGCCGUGUAACUGUCACAGGAUGGCAGCUACGGCGGAAAGUAUAUCGAUCUCCGAGCUGAAGGCGGAGAUCGAGAGGCUGAGCCGCGAGCUGGACCAGGCCAGCAGCGAGAAGAUCCAAUCGGCACAGCUAGGCCUGGUGCUGCUCGAGGAGAAGAGCUCCCUGCAGCUGCGCUGCGAUGAGCUGGAAAGCCUGUACGAGAACACGAAGCACGAAUUGGACAUCACGCAGGAGGCGUUGAUGAAACUUGACUCAACACAAAAAGUCACAACACAGAGUGGUAUAGACCAAGAAAAUGCUCUUCUCAAUGAGUCUGCGGCUAUGGAGAGCUCGCUCACACUACAGAUUAUUGAGCUUGAGGGAGAAACAAAACAGUUACGCCACGAGUUGGAGCGAGUGAUAAGCGAGCGGGACCGGCUGUUGGCAGAGAGCUCGGAGCUGGGUGCGGACAAGGCCACGCGCGAGUCGGAGCGCGCCGCCCUGCGCGCCGAGCUGAGGGAGGCGCGCCAGAGGGAGCAGCGCCUGCUGCAGGACAUCGGCGACUUGGAGGACGAGAAUAUAUCCUUGCAGAAACAGGUCUCCGCGCUACGGUCGUCACAGGUCGAGUUCGAAGGUCUGAAGCAUGAGGUGCGGCAGCUGCGCGAGGAGGCGGAGAACGCUCGCGCCGCCGCCGACGAGACGGCCGCGCUGCGCCGCAUCGCCGAGCGGCAGCUGGCCGAGGCGCUGGAGGCGCUGCAGGCGGAGCGGGAGGCCAAGUUCGCCGCCAAGAAGGAGCUCGACGCGCACCUCAGCAGGGAGGCGCAGUUCAACAUCACCAACCUGGCCUACAGCAUACGAGGUAUGCCAGAGGAGGGCACGGAGUCGGAGGGCGAGGCGGGCGCGUCGGGCGCGGGCGAGCUGGGCGCCGAGCACCACGCCGACCUGUUCUCCGAGGUGCACCUGCACGAGAUCAGCCGCCUCGAGAAGCAGCUGGAGCAGGCGCACAGCGAGAACGCGCAGCUGGCGGCGUCGCUGCGGCUGGCGCAGAGCGCGGCGGAGGGCGAGGGCGCGGCGGCGGGCGCGCUGCGCGCCGGCGUGACGCGCGUGUGCUCGCGCGUGGCGGCGCUGCACGCGCUGCACGCCGACUGCGGCCCGGCCGACGAGCGCGCGGAGGGCGUGUCGGCGCGCGCCGCCAAGUGGCUCACGUGGUGGCGCGUGUCGGGCGGCGAGCUGGCGGCGCUGCUGGCGGCGCUGCGCGAGCUGGACGCGCCGCCCGACGGCUCGCCCGCCGCGCUGCAGCGCGCGCAGCUGGCGCAGCUCAGCGACCGCGCCGCCGACGCCGAGCUGCGCUGCGCCGCGCUGCAGGCGGACGCGGAGACGCUGCGCGCGCUGGCGGGCGGCGCGGGGCGAGCGCUGGCGGCGGCCGCGCCGGCGCUGGCGUCGGCGGCGGAGGCGCUGGCGGGCGUGUACCACCACGUGUGCGCCGUGAACGGCACGCAGCCCGAGCGGCUGCUGCUGGAGCACGCGGGCGCGGCGGACGGCGGCGAGGCGCGCGGCGACGAGGAGGCGCUGGCGCUGGCGGCGGGCGAGCUGGAGGGGCUGCGCGCGGCGGGGCAGGUGGCGCGCUACGCCGACACGCUGCUGGACCAGCUCACGCACCUGCGCGCCGCGCUCGACACCGCGCUCGACUCGCGCCUCAGGCACCAGCCAGUGAUGGAGGCGGAGGAGCGCGGGCUGGAGCUGGCCGAGCUGCAGGAGCAGGUGAUCAAGCUGAAGUCGCUGCUGUCCACCAAGCGCGAGCAGAUCGCCACGCUGCGCACCGUGCUCAAGUCCAACAAGAACACGGCGGAGGUGGCGCUCGCCAACCUCAAGUCCAAGUACGAGACGGAGAAGACCAUCGUCACCGAGACCAUGCUCAAGCUGCGCAACGAGCUGCGCCUGCUCAAGGAAGACGCCGCCACCUUCUCCAGUCUGCGCGCCAUGUUCGCGGCGCGCUGCGAGGAGUACGUGACGCAGGUGGACGAGCUGACACAGGCGCUGUCCAGCGCGGAGGAGGAGAAGCGCACGCUCAACCAGCUGCUGCGCCUCGCCGUGCAGCAGAAGCUGUCGCUCACGCAGCGCCUCGAAGAGCUGGAGGUGGACCGCGAGAUGCGCACGCGGCGCGUGCCCAAGCCGAGCGGCGGCACGCGCGCGCGCGGACGGGAUUUCUAGCGGCUCGUGCGCGCGCUCAAGGCGGCCGCCGCCGCCCUGCGCGCGCUGUUGCACCGCCCCGCGCCCGCGCCGCCCGCGCCGCGCGCGCCCUGAGCGCACUACGAAUUUAUACUGGGACGACCGCCGCAGUGUCU